AUGCUUGCAUGCUGCAUGCGCAUGUACUGUACGUACGAGAAGCAAAAUCAACGUGCAUUGCAAAGAGGGGAAAACAAACAUGUGCAAGUCGUAGCGCGGGGAGCGGGCGGCCCACCCUUAAGAAUCGAUAUUCUUGAUUCCGAGGGUUCGAAGCCAAUCAGGCCGACCCUCGAGCCGCCGAACUUACUCGGCCACGCACGCGGUGGCCCCAAACCCCAAACCCAAGAUCCGAAAAUGCAAGACUCAGAAUGCUGCCCAUUUGUUGCCAUUAAUAGCUCUCGCAGAUGA